AUGCUUGAAGAAGGAAAAUCAAACCUUGUUAAGCGGUGGGGGCGACGCGACAAUAUUUGGGACAAUCUUGGUGUUGGUGAAAACAACGAUUUACGCCUUGUUCAAGAGACAGAACAGUGGGAUAGUGAAGUUGAAAAAAAGAAGAAAGCAUUAUUAAACGCAUCACGAGGUUUAAUUCGAUCAUUAGUUUUAAUUUUAGAUUUAUCAACAAAUGGAUUAGAAAUGCGUCUAUUUAAUCAAAACCGAAUGAAGUUAAUUCAAGAUCAAACAAUUGACUUCAUUAAUGACUUUUUUGUGCAAAAUCCAUUAUCACAACUUUCCAUUCUAGCAACAUACGAAUCUACAUGCCGCAUUUUAACACCUCUUUCCUGCAAUGUUCAAGAUCAUGUCAAAAAAAUCAAAAGUUUAUCAUUAGAAGACCAUGGCGGUGAACCAUCUCUUGAAAGCUCACUCUCUAUUGCUACAGCAAUUCUCGGAAAUGGCGAAAAGAACCCUGGUCUUGCGCAAAUCUCAACAACCAAAGAAGUUCUAAUUGUUUACGGCUCACUAACUACAUGUGAUAACUCUCCGAUCUACAAAACUCUCAAUUUAGUCAGAGAUUCUAAAAUUAAAGUUUCAAUCAUCGGUCUUGGCGCAAAAGUCUUUGUUCUUGAAAAGAUUGCAGCAGAAACCAAAGGUGAAUACUUUGUUCCAGUAUCUAUUGAGCAUUUACAUGAUAUUUUCCAUUCAUUUGUUAUUCCACCCGAAUUUAUGUUAAACCAGCGUCGUUACUUCAUACCAUUUGGCUUUGCAUCUCUUGCAAGUCCAACAGUUCCUUCUUUCGACGUUUUCAAGCUGAUGUCAAAUCCUCCAUCAAAAACAAAUAAACCAGAGACUCCGCAGUACGGUGGAUACCAAUGUCCUCGAUGCGGAACACGUGUUUUCAGUAUCCCUUGCUUCUGUCCUGUUUGCAGAGACUUCUUAAUUUCACCUGCAUACCUUAAACGCACUGUUUGCCACCUUACACCUGUUCCUCUUUUUGUGUCCGAGGAAAGUCCUGACACUGACCAUUGUUUUGGCUGUAAUAUGCCUUUCGAAGAAAUUCCAUGCAGAUGUCCGAAAUGUAAUAAGUGUUUUUGCAAGAAAUGCGAUCCAUUUAUCCAUGAAGUGCUUCAGAGCUGUCCUGGAUGCUAUGAUAUUAAUUAA